AUGAAGACGCUCACAAACGAGGAGCUGUCCUCUCUGGCCGGCCACUACUUUGCCCCAGAAGGUCUCUAUCAGUAUACAAAGGGUCUCCCUUUUCUCGGAAAUCUCAACUGCAAUACAACAGAGCUCACUGCCGGCCAGUGGACCGAAGUGAUUGUCGAAUACACAGUCGGAGCCAGCGGUCUCGCCGACGGAGCCUGGAUCAAAGGAACGUUCAAGUUCUACUCCGACUGGGCUCUUUUCCAGACAUCAGACCCCAAGGAGGACAACUACGUAUCGGCUGAAUAUACUCCAGGACCCCUGCAUCGUGGACAAACACCAGCGACGGUCCAGUCGUUAGCGGUGCGUUUCGACCAGAAGGGCCACGAGCGCCCCUUCCAAAAGGCCGUCAUUAUCGACAUUGUGGACGGCUACAUCAACCCUGGCGAUAAGAUCAUCGUACGCCUUGGUGACAGGCGAUGGGGCUCAAGGGGCACCCGCGUGCAGACCUUUGUUGAGGACAAGUUCCUGAUGCGCUGGUAUAUUGAUCCUGUCGGCACCUCGCGAUUCGCUCCUAUCAAACCAGACAUUGCUUUCCCCAUUAUCCCGGGCCCUGUGGCCAAGGCCAAGGCCAUUACUCCUCGUUUGGUGAAGCCAAAUGUAGCGUUUCCAAUUCAUAUUCAUACAGAAGAUGCAUGGGGGAAUGCGACAACACAUGUCGAUGGAUUGGAGGCACACAUCUCAAUUGAAAGGGAGGGUAAGAAUGAAACUGUGCUGGAAGAAACCAAGAAGCUUCCCAGCCAAGGGUGGACUGUUGCUAGUCUGACCACAUCAUUGCCAAACGACGGCGACUACACGUUAUCGGUAGCGAUCGUUGACUCAACUGGCUUUGGCCUGGCUUCUAUUUCGGAACCCAUUAGUGCCGAUGGUUCAAUACCUGUUCCUCGACCUCUCUUCGCUGACCUUCACGUUCACUCGGACGAUACUGUCGGCACCAACUCUACCACCUAUAAUUUUUCAUAUGCCCAGCAGGUUGCUGGUCUGGAUGUUGUAGGAUACACUGCCAACGACUUCAAUGUCACCAAAGCAAGGUGGGAAAGCACCCUUGAAGUCAUCAGGAAGGUGAAUUCCCAGGGUGAAUUUGUCGUGUUCCCUGGAACUGAAUGGUGCGGCAAUUCCGCAGCUGGGGGGGAUCACAACGUCGUGUUUCUCGAUGACCCGACCAACAGCGACCCCGAGUUUCCCUUUGACAGGAAUGGGAACGUGGCUCGCAGUUUUGAGUGGAACGAAGAUGGCCCGGCCGAGUUACUCCCAGGGGCAUGGCCGUUGGAUGAGGUGUACGCGACGUAUGCACACUCCCCCGAAAAGCAUCUAUUGAUCCCCCACGUGGGAGGACGUAGAUGCAAUCUAGCAUGGCAUCACCCAAAGUUAGAGCGUUUGAUUGAGAUCGGAAGCGCCUGGGGUCUAUUCGAGUGGCUAUUGCGAGAUGCUAUGCAACGAGGCUGGAGGGUUGGGGUAUCUGCCAACUCUGACGAGCACCGUGGGCGAUGUGGAGGCGGCGUACCCGGCACAGCAGUAUUUGGAACCAAGGGAGGACUGACCGGUGUUUUGGCUGACAAGCUUGAAUGGAACGAGGUUGGAAAAACUCUGCGUGCGCGAAGGACGUUCGCCACGACGGGCGAGCGUCUGGUUGGUUUGGUCAGCACGGGGGACACGCUCCAAGGCGACGAUCUGACUGCUAAGGUUGACGAAGAUGUUGUCCUCAAAUAUCAGUUCUUUGGCUCUGGUGGGUUCGCUACCGUCGAGGCUUGGGAUGGCAGUGGACAGAUAUUUAGUCGCAAUCUCCAACAAGAAGCCACUGAAGCAGCGGAGGGCACAGUACAAAAGAAGCUGCGUAUCCGAUGGGGAGGGGCCCGUCUUUACGACAGAUACCGUGAAGCCGUCUGGCAUGGAUCUAUCGUUGUAUUAGAUGCCAGGAUCUCCCACAUUAAGCCGUUUGGUGGUGUACUGGACAACGCUGAAGAGGAGAUCAAACACAUAUCAGACUCCCAAGUCGUUUUCACUACACGAACCAGCGGAGAUUUUGAUGGGGUGGAUGUUUUCCUGGAACAUGGAUCGUCAUUGCCUUCGUCUAUCAGUGUGACGGGGCACUUGGGCGGAUACGUGAAGGUAGGGAACGCUCUUGCUGGCAGCCCACACAAGGCUCAACCACAGUUCCGACUGAUUGCUUCUGGGACUGAGGCCAGCGACGUCGGUGGGAAGCAAAUUGAAGUUAAGGGGGGUGCAGAUCUAUUCGUGUCAGUAGAGAUAGUUGCCGACGUGCCACUCCCCAAUCGUGUCGAAGGGACAUUCUCGAUCAAGGCCAAUACUCAUUCAGAAGGCGAGACGCAGGCUGUAUACUUUGUAGGGAGAGAGUACGGGAGUGGUAAGGUGAUUUCCAGCCCGAUAUUCAUAGAUUAUGAGGACGAUAAAUAG